AUGGUAUCAUCCUUACCCAAGAGCAGAGCCAAGCAGUCGACAUCGAAGAACGGUAAUUCAGGAUCCACAUCCAAUCCUCUGAACCACAUCACCAAACUCGAAUCGACCCUGUUAGGCGAUGAGUACGAUCCCAACCCUCUCCUUCCUCUCAUCGCAUUAUCCCGUCAUGACGAUCCUCAAAUAGUGCACAAGGCAGUAUGGGCACUCCACCGAGUUUUCAUCAAGCUUAUUGGGGAUGGAAGAGUGGGAGGUCUGAAUGGUGAUUUAACUGUCAAACAAUCGAAAUCAGAAAUCACAGAAGAAGACAAUGAUAAUGAUCUGAACGAAGAGAGGGAAGUGAAAGGAUGGGUGAGGGAGAGGCUUUUAGAGUAUAUCGAAGUUAUGGGUGGAUUGAUGAGAGAUGCAGAACCUGCUUUGAGAAGCUCAUCAAUCCCCUUAUUAUUCUCGCUCCUACCCCCAUUGUCCACUUCCAUCCCUUCUUCCACACCUCUAAUCCAUAUCCCUUUCUUCCGUUUGGUUCUCUCGCUGCUCCUCAAUCCCAAAGCAUCCUUAAGAGGUGCAAAACCCAAAUCGAAAGGCGAGGGAUGGAAGGUAGUCGAAGCUAAUCAAGUUGAAGAGGACGAAGGGGUAUUACCUCCAGACGUGGUGAAGAUCGUCAUCGAUGACUUUUGGGCAAAGUACGAUGAUCUACGAUGGGCCUUCUUCAAGGAAUCGAGCAAUUACGUCCAGUCUCAGCCUACUAUCAACCAAUCAAACCUUCUAUCCCAACUUUUACCUUUGGUCAACCUACCAAAGCUACCAGAAGACAUCAACGCGUUCUAUAUUCCUACAUUCUCCGAACUUCCCUCUGGGAUAAGUAACACCAAGAAAGUGAAGAAGGUGAAUAAGAAGGGUAAAACGAGGUAUAAGGGUGAAAUCGAUGAAUUACCUGAAUGGAUGAAAGAGUAUGAAUCCGAGGCAUCCGACAUAGAGUCAGAUGAUGAUGAUCAAUCCGCCAAAGGUGGGAAGGGUAAGAGGAAGAGACAGAGAACAUCGACAAUGUCAAUUCAUCAAAGUAUAUAUUCGAUCUUAUCUCAUACAACUUACUAUACCAACCUUUGGGAGAAUAUCUUAUCGAUGAUACCGCUAGAAGAUCAUUGGAUAAGGAAGAUCUUAAUUGGAUUGCAUGGUGAAUAUGGGAUAAUGGGUCAUUUCAAACCUGAAAGAAGAUUACGGAUCGCAGAUUGGUUAAGUACGUUAGUUGAUCGAGGGGGACCGAACGCGAUGUUGGCGAUGAAUGGGUUGUUCGUCUUGAUGACGCAGUAUAACUUUGAAUAUCCUCAUUUCUACGAUCGUCUUUAUGGUUUACUCGAUCGUAAUGUCAUGCACGUCAAAUACCGAGCUAGAUUCUUCAGGUUACUCGAUACCUUCCUCGCUUCUUCUCUCUUGUCGUCAGCUUUAAUCGCAUCAUUCAUCAAAAGACUCUCUCGACUAUCCCUCACAGCUCCUCCGGCAGGUAUAAUUCUCAUCCUCCCAUUCGUAUACAACCUCUUCAAGCGUCAUCCUGGAACAAUGGUCCUGAUACAACGACCUGACGAUGGUGUACUUCGUAUAUCCUCUACAUUGGGUAAAGAAGGUUAUGUAGACCCAUACGAUCCAGAGGAAAUGCAAGUCCUCAAGACUAACGCUAUUAACAGUUCGUUAUGGGAGAUAGCGGCAUUGCAAAAACAUUAUUUACAUUCUAUCAGUACGAUUGCCAAGGUUUUCGGUGAGGUAUUUACCAAACCUGAAUUUGGGUUGGAAGAUUUCCUAGAUCAUGGAUAUGGUACGUUAUUCGAAACUGAGUCAAAUAGGAAGAUCAAGAAUCCACCUGCCUUGUCGAUGGGUAUCGAAACCGCCAUGAGCGAUUCUUUGCCCGACCUGUUCCCUUCUCACAAAGGUAGUGAGGGCAAGACUGAUGGCGAUGUAGAUGUGGCGGAGAAGGAAGGUGAUAUCGUAUCCCAAUUAUGGGCUUUCUAG